AUGAAGAGGUAUUUGAAAACCAAGUUGUUGCAGGAAGUGGAAGGAACUUGUACCGGUAAGUUUGGUUACAUUCUCUGUGUAUUGGACUGUGAAAAUAUUGAAAUUGAACGUGGACGGAUUCUACCUACGGAUGGGUCGGCAGAAUUCACGGUAAAAUACAGAGCAGUGGUAUGGAAGCCGUUCAAGGGAGAAGUUGUUGAUGGUAUUGUCUCUAGUUGUACCAAUCUAGGUUUUGAAGUAGAAGUGGGACCGCUCUCUGUUUUUGUUUCUCCUUUCUUAAUGCCUGAAGACUUGACAUUCAACAGUGGGUCCAAUCCUCCUUCCUAUCAAUCCUCGGAACAAAUUAUUACAAAGGGUUCUAGAGUAAGGUUAAAGAUUGUUGGUGCGAGAUCCGAAGUUAACUCUAUUUACGCUAUUGGUAGUAUCAAGGAAGAUUAUUUGGGUGUGAUAUGA